AUGAGUAAAGUUUUUAUUAGUCGACAAGAUGGUAGUGUUUCAUGGGGAUUUCGACUACAAGGUGGUUCAGAAUACAAUGAACCAUUGGCAGUCACAAAUAUUGUUCCCGAUUCUCCUGCUGAUGGUAAACUUGAUCCAGGCGAUAUGUUAUUGGAAAUAGCUGGUAAUAAUGUUACGAAUAUGACUCAUCGAGAUGCUCUCGAACUUAUUCAACGUUGUGCAAAUGCUCUUUUUCUCACAGUUCAUAAGGUCGGCUAUUCAUAUCCACCAAGCGGAGCUGUACCACGUCCUGCUCCCAUAACUCCUAUGUGGAGACCAACUGGACAACAACAACAACAACAACAACAGCAACCGCCUUAUUAUCAACAGAACUUCCAACAACAACAACAACAACAACCUUACUACCAACAACCACAACAGCAACAACCUUAUUAUCAACAAUCACAGCAACAACAACCUUACUACCAACAACCACAGCAGCAGCAACCUUAUUACCAACAAUCACAACAACCACCUUACUACCAACAACAACAACAACAACCACCUUAUUAUCACCACCAACAACAACAACAACCGUACUAUCAGCAUGACUUUCAACAACAGCAGUAUGGUUAUGGUCAGCCACCAGCACCUGUGUUCAAUGCAGCUCCUCCGGCGCCGGCUCCACCACCGCCGCCACCGCCACCACCACCUCCACCACCACCACCAGAAAUGCCUGCUGCAAAUAUCCCACCAGCACCAAUAUUCGACGCUGAUAUGAUAGCAAAUGCAGCAUCUUCAUUAAAAAGUCGGCCAGCUACUGAUGAAACUUCUACAUCAACUGAACAAACAACGGAAGUUCCAAAUAUUCCUGCUGCUCUUGCUAAAAGUCUAAGUCGUCCUGGUGGUCCGAAACCAUUUACGUAUACGCCGGGUGGUCUCGAUCUUUCAAAAAUACGUGAAUCAGCUCGUGUUAGACGUCAUCGUGAAUAUACAUCGAAUACUGACGAACCAAACGAAACACAAGAACCUGAAACAAAUAUGAGUCGUCGAACGAUAGUUCCACCUGAAAAUAUGAAUCAACAUCAAUAUGUACCACAAAAUCCAGCUCAAUCAUUUAAUUAUGCUCGUCAACAAGCACCAGCACCACCACCACCACCACCACCAACAAAAAAACAUAUACAACAUGAUACAGAUGUAGUUACACAAUCACGUUCAUUUCAAAUGCUUCAAGGUUGGAUUUCUGAUAGUGAAAAAACUGUACCAACAGCAGUUGCACCACCAUCACAAUCGACAACAACAACAACAGCAACAGCAAAUAAAUCAGCAGUUGCUCGAGCUGUCCUUGAUGAGCAAAUGGGUCAUAAUGAUCGUAGCAGAAGUUCUAGUGGUACAUCAGGUCUUCCUUCACGAUCAUUUCGUUAUUUACAAGAACAAUAUAAUAACAGUAAUGGUGAUAAUAAAGAAACAACCGUAACAACAAUUGAAGAUACAACUAUAUCAGCUGAAGGUCUUGGUCUUCGACGUAGUAGUGAUGCUCAUGUGCCAUCGCGAGCAUUUAAAAUUUUACAAGAUCAAUGUGAUGCACAAAAUACACCUGUUAAUCGAACACAAGGAAUUAAUAAUCGUGAUGAUUUAGUAGAAAUUUAUAAUAAACCACCACCAAGUUUUCGUGAACGUGAACCUGAAGCUCCACGUUAUACAGGUUCAACAGUACCAUCACGUUCAUUUCGUUUUCUUCAAAUGAUGACACAAAAUGAUGACCAAAAUAAUGCAAAAUCAAAUGUUGGUUAUAAUAAACCACAACAAUUAUUAAAUAAAUAUGAUGAACAAAAUUUUUCAUCAAAUAUAAAUAAACUUGAAACACAUCCAUCACGUUCAUUUAAAUAUUUACAAGAAAUAACAUCUGAACGACCACAAUCAGCUGGACAAACAACAACAACUGUUACUCAAACAGGCACAAAAAUUAUUACAACCAAUAAUAGACAACAACAACCAAUAAAAAUGAAUGUUCAAGUUCAACAAUUACAACCGAUUAUUCAAGUCAAUACAACAAGUUCAAGUAGUCAAGGAGAUGUUAUUGAUAAAUUAUCUGCGGAUAUAGCAGCAACUGAUUUUUAA